GCGUGGUCAGGCCUGAGUUUGGUCCGUGGCUUGGGCCUUCUUGCUCUCUCUCUUUUCUAGCCUCACCCCCUCACGUUCCAGGGCACAGCCUUUCUGUUCUUUGUGGUGAGGGGCUCAGUUCGGGCAUGUGGGUUGCGGAGGUUUGUCGGAGAGGCGUGGUUGUCGCGGCCCGGGAGGAGGGCGGGGUUUCGGGCCCGCGCUCGGAGCGGGGCGGGGGUCUCCCCCGCUGCCCAGGUAAAGGUCACGUGGGCGGGGGUCUGCGGAGCCGCCGGACGCCUUCUGGCCGGGGUCUGAGCAACGAAUGACAGGUGCUUGUUGGCUCGCCUGUUUGAACGGGGCACAGUCUGGGCGCGAUUGGGCUGGUUCAGAGGACAGGUUGACUCAGCUUUUCCUCUUGGGCUGGUCAAGUUCGGACACGUUCCGAGUCUGCUGUAAAAGGAGCUAAGCCCUGACUUGUCUCCAGCUGGGGCUAUUUAAACCUUGCCUUGCCCCAGCUGUGUUCACUGGCGGUUAGAGCUACCUGUGGUCACAGACGUACGGCGCUUUUUUAAUACUAAACCAGGCAAAUGUGCAAUACCAACAUGUCUGUAUCUACUGAUGGUGCUGUAAGCACCUCACAGAUUCCUGCUUCGGAACAAGAGACCCUGGUUAGACCAAAGCCGUUGCUUUUGAAGUUGCUGAAGUCAGUUGGUGCACAAAAAGACACUUACACAAUGAAAGAGGUUAUAUUUUAUCUUGGCCAGUAUAUUAUGGCUAAACGAUUAUAUGAUGAGAAGCAACAACAUAUUGUAUAUUGUUCAAAUGAUCUUCUAGGAGAUUUGUUUGGAGUGCCAAGCUUUUCUGUGAAAGAGCACAGGAAAAUAUAUACAAUGAUCUACAGAAACUUGGUAGUGGUCAAUCAGCAGGAACCAUCAGAUUCAGGCACAUCUGUGAGUGAAAACAGGUGUCACCUUGAAGAUGAAAGUGAGCAAAAGGACUCUGUACAAGAGCUGCAGGAAGAGAAACCUUCAUCCUCAAAUUUGAUUUCUAGACCAACUACCUCAUCUAGAAGGAGAGCAAUUAGUGAGACAGAAGAAAGUUCAGAUGAAUUAACUGGUGAACGACAAAGAAAGCGCCACAAAUCUGAUAGCAUUUCCCUUUCAUUUGAUGAAAGCCUUGCUCUGUGUGUAAUAAGGGAGAUAUGCCGUGAAAGAAGCAGUAGCAGUGAAUCGACAGAGACUCCAUCAAAUCCGGAUCUUGAUGCUAGUAUAAGUGAACAUUCUGGUGACUGGUUGGAUCAGGAUUCAGUUUCAGAUCAAUUCAGUGUAGAAUUUGAAGUUGAAUCUCUCGAUUCAGAAGAUUAUAGCCUUAGUGAAGAAGGACAAGAACUGUCAGAUGAAGAUGACGAGGUAUAUCGAGUUACUGUAUAUCAGGCAGGAGAGAGUGAUACAGAGUCAUUUGAAGAAGAUCCUGAAAUUUCCUUAGCUGACUAUUGGAAGUGUACUUCAUGCAAUGAAAUGAAUCCUCCCCUUCCACCGCAUUGCAACAGAUGUUGGGCCCUUCGUGAGAAUUGGCUUCCUGAAGAUAAAGGAAAGGAUAAAGGGAAAAUAUCUGAGAGCGCCAAACUAGAAAACUCAGCACAUGUGGAAGAGGGCUUUGAUGUUCCUGAUUGCAAAAAAAUGACAGUGAGUGACUCUAAAGAGUCAAGUGUUGAGGAAAAUGAUGGUAAAAUCACACAAGCCUCCCUAUCCCAAGAAAGUGAGGACUUUUCUCAGCCAUCAACUUCUAGUAGCAUCAUUUAUAGCAGUCAAGAAGAUGUCAAAGAAUUUGAGAGGGAAGAAACACAAGAUCAAGAAGAAAGUGUGCCAUCUAGUUUUUCCCUUAAUGCCACUGAACCUUGUGUGAUUUGCCAAGGUCGACCUAAAAAUGGUUGCAUUGUCCAUGGCAAAACAGGACAUCUUAUGGCAUGUUUUACAUGUGCAAAGAAGCUAAAAAAACGAAAUAAGCCCUGUCCAGUAUGUAGGCAACCAAUUCAAAUGAUUGUGCUAACUUAUUUCCCCUAGAUGACUUGUCUAUAAAAGUAGAAUUAUAUAUUUCUAACUGUAUAACCCUAAACGUUUAAAUAGUUAUUUUGGCAACAUGAAAUUAAUUUUUAUUUUUUUAUGUAUAUCAAAGUGAGAAAGUCCAUGUAGAUUUCUUGGUCCAUGUAGCUUUCUUCUCUUUAGUGUGAUUUACCUACUUGGAGACGAGGUGGAGGUUAGUGAAUAUUCAUUUCCUUUUAGGAAAAUUUCACUUCUGUUUAUAUUUUAUGUUUGGGUUUUAAUGUAAUUUGAAUUGAAUAUGUAGCUCAUCUUUUACUCCUACCCCUCAUAUUUUAAAUAAUUUCUGUUUUCUCUUAAAUGAGGAGGGUUUUUUUUUUGUUUUUUUGUUUUUUUUAAUAGGACAUUUAAAUGUAACUUAUUUAGUACCUUUCUUGUAAGGAGAUAAAGUUUGUGUGAAAGAUUUAAUUUUUGAAUUUUAGAUACUCAUAAACCUUCUGAUCCUUAGUUUCUCUGUUCUUUCAGAGCCUCUUGAAGUAUUCUUCAUGGGUGAAAAAGAAAUUGGUGGUUACAUUUGGUGCUAUAGAAGUAGAAAUGGACGAUUUACUCUCCAACCUCUUUGGUAUAGUAAGGGAUAGGUGUUGAUAAUGCUGUCCAUUGAGAAGUCUUUGAAGAACAGCCAUCAUUUACCCACAGGACAACUUUUUUUGAAGCUCUGUAGUAGAAUGUGGCGUUGUCCUGGGGUGGGGGUGGGGAGUGCAAUCUGACAUUAUGAUUUCAGGAUAUAGUGGGAAUUGAUUGUUUCCCUUAAAUAAAAAACAAUUUAGGACACUUUGAAGUACCUCUAGGGCUGGGUUACACUAUCUCCAUUAGUUGCCUAGGUUUCACACCUUUGCUUUAAGGCCAGUUUUACAAACCAGUGAAUUCAGAAAGAUAAAUUCAGAGAUUAGAUAAACAGAAGAACUGUGUAUUUUUAAAGCAGCUGGUAAGAUCGACUUUUCUUUAAAUUAUCCAGAAAUUACAUAUCACUUUCCUUCAAGAAUGGCAGGGUCAUAGGAUUCUAAAACAUCUCUCAAACUCGAGAUUAAGUUGUUGACUUACAUUUAUAUAGAAGACUUGAGUAAAAUCGUAUGACUAGCCAAACCUUGAGAUAGGUGGAAUUGAGUUUUGAUUUAAGGUCCCAGUGUUUUUCUCCUAGGUGUGACAGUUUGAGAACCAUAAAAUCAACUGAACUAUGAGUUUAGAAUAAAACUGAGGAAUAAUUUUACACAGCAACUUUGUGUGUCUGUUACUAGCAGUAGAUUGUUAUAGACAGACUUCAUAAAAACAACACGCAGACGCAACUUACUCAUACAUACUUAUAUAUAUAUAUGUAUAUAAAAGUAGGAAACAAAUGACUGAAGGUAUCUACUUGAGCCAGAGCUAUUCUCAAAUACAGUAAAGCUAAUUAAUUUGGAAUUUAUGCUAUUUCAGCUAGAACUAAGCAGAAUAUAUCCUUUCUAAGGAGAGUUAGUAUAAGAUAAUUUAAUGAACAUUCAGAGUAUAUGUGUGCAGUGAUGAUGCCGUUUACAAAACAAAUCUGUGCAAAUGGACUCUCAUUCUAAAUGCCUAUUACUAAUGUAGUAUUGAUUGUCUAAGUUUUUAGGCUUAGUAUCCAUAUUUAUUGAUUUACAAAUAAACAGUUUAUUAAAUGAUUAAAAAUUGUGUCAAGAAUGUGAUUCUUGGAUCUUAUGAACACUUUUUUAUAUUAAUGGAAGUUAUUUUAAAAUAGAAAGUGUAUUUGAAUGUCAUCUAUUUGGGUAAUA